GGCUUCUUGGGCCCCUCCUCACCCUCGGUCUGUGUUCUCAGAAACGUUUCUGUGUUUCCUUUUAGAGCCGCCUCCUAUAUCACAGGAAGGAGGCCCAGGAGGAUCAAAGCUAAAAGUACCAGAAAGGAAAGGAAAGGAAAAGGACUCGGCUGCCGCCAGGGAGACUGGGAACACUUGGUGCGUGGCCCCUCCUCCACCAGGCCGCCAAACGUAGGAAGUAAGACUACAUUUCCCAGAAUUCUCGCACGAUGUCCUCCAAACCUUGGCACUCCCAUUGUGGAAGACUCCAUUUCCCGAAGGCCUCGGUCCUGGCUUCACCCAAAUCCUGGCACCGCCCCAUGUGCAUUCCCAGGGCUUGCUGGGACUUUCUUUAGGGCGGUCUCUGAUUCUGCGUUGCUCACAAAUUUGGCUUUUAGCUUUUGUCUUGAAAGGGCCUGGGAGGGCGUCAAUGUAAAAGUUGGAUCCCGGGCUUCCGCCGUGGAGUGUUUCUGCUCCCUCCCCGGUGGACCAGUUGCGGGUGCACAAGAGGAAGUUUCCCCACCUUGGGGCUGCCACCCCCUGAGGGUCCACAGUCUGGGCCAAGCAAAGACCCUGGAGCCAGAGGGAAUGGCCCCCAGGACCCAGAGGCCCCCUUCCCAGGGGUCAAUAACAUUCAAGGAUGUGGUUGUGGACUUCACCCAGGAAGAGUGGUGUCUGUUGGAUCCUUCUCAGAAAGAGCUGUACAGGGAGGUCAUGCUGGAGAAUGUGCAAAAUCUAUUCUUUGUGGAGGCAGAGACUAAUUUUGAAGUAAAGGAGAUAUCUACAAAGCAGAGCCUUUUUGUGGAAGGAUCUGACCCUCCAAGAGGCAUGAGUAAGAGUCCCUGUGACUUCAUUUUGAGAAAAAUCUGUGACUCUAAUAUUAAGGUAAAUAAAAAUUCAAAGAGUGACUGUGCAUUUGAUGAAAUUACAGAGAAAUUCAGCCAACGUUCAGUCCUAAAUCAGUAUACAAAAUUGACCUCAGGAAAUGACUGUUGUCUGGAUAGUGAAUAUACCAAAUGCUUUCCUGAAAAAAAAGAAUUUAAUCAGUCUCAUGAGAAGCAUCCUGAAAUGCCCAUGUAUCAAGAUAAAAUAGGGAGAAUCACCUUUGGCUCGAGUUUUGACCUCAGAAGACAUCAAAAUCAUGUCGAGAUACUUUCUGUGAGUAAUAAAGGUGGGAGACCUUUCAGUCAGAACUCUGAGUUUGAUUCCUAUCAAAUAGUCCACUCUGGAGAGAGACCUUAUCAAUGUAAAGAAUGUGUAAAGGCUUUCAUACAGAGGGGUAAUCUUGUUAGUGAUCAGAGAAUUCACCCUGGAGAAAAGCCUUAUGAAUGUAUAAAUUAUGGGAAGUCUUUCACUGAGAGUGGUAACCUUGUUAUACAUCAGAGAAUCCACACUGGAGAGAAACCUUAUGAAUGUACACAAUGUGGGAAAGCAUUCACAGAGAGUAGCUCUCUUGCUAAGCAUCAGAGAAUCCACACUGGAGAGAAACCUUAUGAAUGUACACAGUGUGGAAAACCUUUCAAACGGAGGGGCGAUCUUGCUGCACACCAGAGAAUCCACACUGGAGAGAAACCUUAUAAAUGUACACAGUGUGGAAAGCCUUUCACACAGAGGGGCGUUCUUGCUGCUCAUCAGAGAAUCCACUCUGGAGAGAAACCUUAUGAAUGUACACAGUGUGGAAAGGCUUUCACACAGAGAAGUAAUCUUGUUAAACAUCAGAGAAUUCACACUGGAGAGAAACCUUAUGAAUGUAUACAUUGUCAAAAGGCUUUCACAGAGAGUAGCUCUCUUGCUAAGCAUCUGAGAAUCCACACUGGAGAGAAACCUUAUGAAUGUACACAAUGUGGAAAGGCUUUCAUACACAGGGUGAGUCUUUCUGCACAUCAGAGAAUCCACACUGGAGAGAAACCUUAUGAAUGUACACAGUGUGGAAAGGCUUUCACACGAAUGAGUGAUCUUACUAAACAUCAGAGAAUAUCCACUGGAGAGAAACCCUAUGAAUAUACACAGUGUGGAAAGUUUUUAAAACAAAGGGGUGAUCUUGCUGCACAUCUGAAAAUCCCCACUGGAGAGAAACCUUAUGAAUGCACACAAUGUGGAAAGCCGUUCACACAGAGGGGCGUUCUUGCUGCUCAUCAGAGAAUCCACUCUGGAGAGAAACCUUUUGAAUGUACACAGUGUGGAAAGGCUUUCACACAGAGGAGUAAUCUUGUUAAACAUCAGAGAAUCCACACUGGAGAGAAACCCUAUGAAUGUACACAGUGUGGAAAGGCUUUCACAGAGAGUAGCUCUCUUGCUAAGCACCAGAGAAUUCACACUGGAGAGAAACCAUAUGAAUGUACACAGUGUGGAAAGGCUUUCAUACACAGGGUGAGUCUUUCUUCACAUCAGAGAAUCCAUACUGGAGAGAAACCUUAUAAAUGUACACAGUGUGGAAAGGCUUUCACACAGAGGAGUAAUCUUGUUAAACAUCAGAGAAUACACACUGGAGAGAAACCUUAUGAAUGUACACAGUGUGCAAAGACUUUCACAGAAAGUAGCUCUCUUGCUAAGCAUCAAAGAAUCCACACUGGAGAGAAACCUUAUAAAUGUACACAGUGUGGAAUGUCUUUCAUACACAGGGUGAGUCUUGCUGCACAUCAGAGAAUUCAUACUGGAGAGAAACCUCAUGAAUGUACACAGUGUGGAAAGGCUUUUAUACACAGGGUGAGUCUUGCUGCACAUCAGAGGAUCCACACUGGAGAGAAACCUUAUGAAUGUACACAGUGUGGAAAGGCUUUCACACAGAGGAGUAAUCUUGUUAUACAUCAGAGAAUCCACACUGGAGAGAAACCUUAUGAAUGUACACAGUGUGGAAAGGCUUUCACAGAUAGUAGCUCUCUUGCUAGGCAUCUGAGAAUCCACACUGGAGAGAAACCUUAUAAAUGUACACAGUGUGGAAAGGCUUUUACACGGAGGGGUUAUUUUGUUAUACAUCAGAGAAAUCACACUGGAGAGAAACCUUAUGAGUGUACACAGUGUGGAAAGGCUUUCACAGAGAGGAGCUCUCUUGCUAUGCAUCAGAGAAUCCACACUGGAGAAAAACCUUAUGAAUGUACCCAGUGUGGAAAGCCUUUCAUAUGUAGGGGCCAUCUUGCUGCACAUCAGAGAAUCCACACUGGAGAGAAACCUUAUGAAUGUGCAGAGUGUGGAAAGGCUUUCAUACACAAGGUGAGUUUUGCUGUGCAUCAGAGGAUCCACACUGGAGAGAAACCUUAUGAGUGUACACAGUGUGGGAAGGCUUUCACUCGGAGGGGUCAUCUUGUUAUACAUCAGAGAAUCCACACUGGAGAAAAACCUUAUGAAUGUACACAGUGUGGAAAGGCUUUCACAGAGAGUAGCUCUCUUGCUAGGCAUCAGAGAAUCCACACUGGGGAGAAACCUUAUGAAUGUAACCACUGUGGAAAGGCCUUCACAUGGAGGGGCGAUCUUGCAAAGCACCAGAGAAACCACACUGCAGAGAAACUUUCUGAAUGUAAUAAAUUUGGAUAACCUUUCUCUGAAUGUUCCACAGUUACUUAAUACAAGAAAAUUCCCGCUGGAGAGAAACCUCAUAAGUGAGGCUAAGCUUACAUUUGCCACUGGGAGCUUAUUUAAUCUAAGAGGAUCCACACUAAAGAGAAAUAUGGGAAAUGAUCCAUGUGGUAAGGCCUUCAGGUAACAAUCAUUUCUUAUUCCCAAGUGAGAAUUCCUUUUGGAUAGAAAUCUUAUUCCUGUCAUGAAUGAAGAAAGCCAUCAAAAUGGAGAAUUCAGGACUUUUUCAGUAGGAGAAAAUGUCUUCUGAACAGAUCAGUUCCAGAUGGAUUCUCUGUAGGAAGGCUUUCAGUCAGAGAUCAUCUCUUAUUUCUUGUCAGAGGAUUCAUAGUGCAACAAAAUCUAAUGACUGCUCAAGUUUAUGUGUUUUCCUCAGGAGGAGGGUGAUUACUCUCUUUUGGAGAAGUGCAAAUGAUAAGUCUGAGGGACCAGCCCACAUCUAUUUCAUUGGUUAUUAUGACAGAAAAGAUAAGUGAUAAAACUUGGAGGGGAUGUGAGAAGAUUGAAAAAGAAAUGAACUUUUGGAGUUGUGAACUAAUUCAACCAUUCUGGAGAAGGCAAUUAUGCAAAAGGCAUAAAAAAAACAAAAUGGGAAAAGACACACACACACACACACACACACAUAUAUAAUACAAAACACUUAAAGGUCCUCUUUUGGGUGUGACAAAAGUAUUGGAAAUUAAGAGGAAACUCAUCAAUUGGGAAGUGGUUGAGCAAAUGGUGGCAUAUGAUUGUAAUGGAAUCCUAUUAUUUUAUCAUUACUAAGAAGGAGGAGCUCAGAAAAACCUGGAAAGACUUGAGAACUGAUGCAGACUUUUAAAUUUAUUAUAAUCAGAAUUAGUCAUUUUACAUUUUGUAAUGUUCACUAUCUUGUUUCAUCUUAAAUUUCCUUACUUUCCCCUAGAUCUGACAGGUAUACUAUUUUAUGUUCCUCUAAUUUACUUAUAAUAUCACUCUUCAUGUUUAAGUCAUAUACCCAUUGUGAACUCAUCUUGGUAUAAGUGUGAGAAAUUAAUUGAAACCUAAUUUAUCCCAUACUAUAUUCCAGUUUUCUGAGCAGUUUUUAUCAAAUAGUUAGUUCUUGUCCCAAAUGCUGGGAUCUUUGUCUUUAUUGAAGACUGGCUUGCUGAGGUUAACUCCUAGUCUAUUCCAUUGAUCCACCCUUCUAUCUCUUAGCCAGUACCAUACUGUUUUGAUGAUCUGUGUUUUUUAGAACAAUUUAAGAUCUGGGACCACUAGGUCCCCAUCCUUCACAUUUUUUUUAUUAGUUCCCUUGAUAUUCUUGAUCUUUUGUUCUUCCAUAUGAACUUUGUUAUAAUUUUUCUAAUUCUUUAAAAAAAAGGUUUUAGGUAGUUUGAUAGGUAUAGUACUGAAUAAGAAAUUUAAUUUGGGUAGGAUUGUCAACUUUAUUAUAUUAGCUCAUCCUACCUAUGAAAAAUUAAUGUUUUUCCAAUUGUUUAAAGCUAGUUUUAUUUGUGUGAAAAGUAUUUUGUACUUAUUAUUCCUGAGUUUGUCUUGGCAAAAACAUUCUCAAAUAUUUUAUAUUGUCUAGAGUGAUUGUAAAUGGACUUUCUCUUUCUACCUCUUACUGCUGAUUUUUGUUGGAAAUAUAUAAAAAUGCUGAUCAUUUAUGUGGGGUUAUUUUAUAUCCCGUAAGUUUGCUAAAAUUAUUAAUUAUUUCUAUUAACUAUUUAAAAAGUUGAUUUUUCUAGGAUUCUCCAAGUGUACUGUCAUAUCAUCUGCAAAUAGUGAUAGUUUUGUUCUGGAUUGAUUUUUGUCCCCAUCCAAAGGCCUGAUCAAAUCUUUUGUAUUUGUUCAAAUCCCUCCAGACUCUAUAAAGUAUUGAAGAGUAAAAUGAUCAGUAGUGAACAUUAUUCUUUCUGGAAUGAAGGGAUGUACAGGAAAUCAUUACAGGAUGGGCUUCAUCUUGAGUUCAUACUUGACUAUACUCUGUGUGAAGAGUGAAUCAAACUCUCUAUGAAUCAGCAACUUUUAAGUUAAUUAAUCAAAAACUUAAGUACCCCCUACUUACUCCGUUACCAAACACUAAGUAAGAGAAUUUGCAAGUUACUUACUAGAGUAAGCUUAUACCUCCAAAAGUCACUGCCUCCCUUGGGCAGUGCUAGGCAAAUUUAAAGGCUGUGAUUUGUUUGUUCCUGCAACAUAGGGGAUUGACAGGAAGUGUUGUCAAGAAAACCACUUUUUAAAGGCCAGCUCAAGGAUUCAGUUAUUCUCUCUGCAUUGGUGAGCCAGACUAGAGGAGGAGACUCUAUCCCUGGAUCCUGUGUCGGCUUGCAGUGGUGAGUGGAGUGAUUCCUUCCUUCAUUCUUUGGUGAGGAGACCUUCUCUGCUUGUUGGCGCUUCGGUGGGACAUACCCUUUAGCAUGAGUCCUGGUGAUAUUCUUGGCGGGCAUAGCCUCAUGUGCACUGACAGUUCUUGGCGGCCUCUUCAGCGUCUCCUGGUUCUUCUGAGUUCGACUUCCUAAUGUUAAAGGGAUUUUCUUAAUCUCUCCGUCUGCCUCUUUAACAGACAAGAGUGCAGGAUUUGUAAAUUAAGUAGAAUUCACAGGUGUCUGAGAGAGUUGAAGAUUUCCUUACCAGGGAGACAACAGGCGAAAUAAGGAAGGAAUCAUUUGACACUUGGACAUCUUUUGCCUCUGGAUCUCUUGAGAGCAGGAGGUAUUUGGAAGUGAGGGAGGGCUCUGGACUUUAGAUCUCAAGAGAGGAGGAGGUUAGUCUCUCAGUUAAGGGGCUACUACUGGCAGUUUUACUACUGACAGUUGGAGGAUAAAACCUUAUUUAAGGAGGUCAUUGGUGGUGGCUUUUUAUUCAUUAGAAAGAUAGAUAGUUCACGAAUAAUUUAUAGAUGGAGUAGAUUCAAGUAAGCCUGGUGUACCAGUCAGAAGAAACCAUCCUUUGAAGAUAGAAGUAGGGUUUUAGAAAUUUUAGUUAGUAUUAGGAAUUUAGUUAUAUUCAUAGGGCAUUAGAAUAAUAAUCUCUCCACCUUUCUUUUUCCUAUUGAUAAUUCUGAAAUUAAACUAACUGUUUUUUCAAACUACUUUCCUCACUUUUGUCAAACUCCUAACAUUUAACCCUUAGAAGUAUAGAAAAUUUUAGGCAAUUAAACUUGGUGCUAGAUAUGAUUGUACAUGUAGUGAAGGAGGGGAUUCCAAUCUAUCUCAAACAAUUCCCAAUCCUGGAUAGCUUUGCUGAGCUUUUUUUUCGCAGUUUUAGAUUAUCUCAGUUUAUUACCAUUUUGGGGAUUGUUCAUUUUGUCAGGAUUACUUCAAGGAUACCAAUUUUAUCAAAUAUUUUGUUUAGUUCUCUCUAAGAAAAAGAAACAGCUGAAAGAUAGCUUAAUGGAGACUAGAGUUACAUACCUUGAAGAUUAUUUUCCCAAUGCAGUGAAACUCUCUCAAUUUAAUCAACCUGUCUCUCCCACCAACUCCAGGGAAGCUCACUCAUAAACCCAAAAGAAUGAAAGUACAAGCCCACUUCCCUUAAAAGUACCAGCCUUUAAUCCCCAAAAAGAGCUAGUGAAUGUAAUACAUCAGAGACCAUUGACCCCUUGGGAUAUUGAGGGAUUUAAGUGGGACCUCCCUUCUUUUGAGGAGGAGCCCAUAGCUGUUAUCAAAAGGCUGGAAAGCAUAUGCCAACAAUUUGAUUCAACCUGGACUACUUUUGAGCAGUUGCUAGAAGAAUUGUUAACAAAAAGGAAAAAGAAUAAGAUUAUCACACUUACUAAUGAGGUUUAGGGAAGAGGAGCAAUUCACUGGCCAGUGACAGACUCCAAGUGAGAUUUUAACGAUGAAAAUGACUAUACCUGAUUAUGUCAACCCAGAGAAUCAGUACUUAAAUCAAUGAGAGCAAGUUCUGACAGACUGGGUACCUGGACAAAAUUUGAAAAACUAAAACAGGAGAUCAGAGAAAAUCCUUCAGUUCAUGGACAGACUUGUAGAACUAGGAGGAAGACAUAGACCUAGAAUUGACCAGAGAAAGGGAUGUUAGACAAUUGAGAAUGCAGUUUGUGAAAAAUUGUUGCAGGGUUGUCAAGGACUAUUUCAAAACCAGUUGUCCUAAUUGGGCAAAUAUGAACUUUGAUGAAUUAAGGAGAGUGGCAAUAUAUGUGUAUAAUAGGUAUGAAAGGAAAAAUUAAGAUGAUAGUGAUUUAGUGGAGGCAUUAAGAAAGGAGAUAAAAGUAUUACAGUGAAAACUUAGAAAAGGAGAUACAAAUCAUGUGGUAGCUAUGGCUCCUUUGCGAGAAUCUACAAACCAAAGACCAUUGUGUUACUUAUGCAGAAAAAGGGAAUACCUAAUGUUAAAUUACAGAAGCUAAACUCAAGUAUUCAAUAAUUUCAUAAAUAAUGGUGGAAACUUUAGGAAUAAACUAUUUUAGAAAUAAUAAUAAUAAUGGAAAAAUUACAGAAAUAACAAUUAUGGAAAUUAUGGGAAUGAUAGAACCAAUAAUCAAAAUGAGGCAAAGAACAUGUUUCAAUAUAUCUGAAAUGGUAUUUGUCCACACAAUAGCCAAAAUGUAAAUCCUCCUCAGCAAGAGGAAUCUCAGAGAGGUGCAGAGAAAACUCUAUGAAGGUUUCAGAGGGAGAAAGGACUCUGGAAUCAAAAAUGGAAACAUUUGAUUUUCCAGAUGCUGCUAUAAUUACUCUAGUCAUCUCAGUCAAUUCUUCCCUGAAUAGCAAUGGACCACAUGUGACACUGAAAGUAGGAAAUAUGAUUAUCUUCUAGAUACUGGAAUAUCAAGAUCUGUGCUGAUGAGUACACCUGAUUCUAAUUGUAAUUUUAUUGGCUCUAUCAAUGCUGUGGGGGUGUCUAGAGCACCUCUGAAAAUCCCAAAGUUUUCACCCUAAUGGUGUCUGUGGGACUUUUAUUCGUUAAUAUUCAUUCCUUUUAAUGCCUAACUCUUCCAUGGAUUUAUUGGGGAGAGAGAUCUUUUGUGUAAAUUAAGAGCCACAAUAAUAUAUACUCAAAAUGGCAACAUUACGUUAGAACUCCCUGAAGAAUCUCUAAAUUUGUUACCUGUACUCUUUCUGGAUAGUCAGGAAAUGGAUAAAACUCUCACCUUUGAAAUACUAACAUAUACCCAGAUCUCUCUGGGCUAUCUCUUCUUCUGAUAUGGGUAUGCUUAAAUCAGCUGUUCCUAUUCAAAUUAGAACAACAUUUUUCAAAAAAAAAAAUUGAGGGAAUUACCCUAGUAAUAAAUUCGUUAAUUAAGCAGAAAAUAAUAAUCUCAUGCAAAUCAGAGUACAAUACACCUAUCUUGCCUAUUAAACUGAAGUUAGACAAAAAUGGAAAACUUGUUUAUUGAUUUGUUAAAGAUUUAAUGACUGUUAAUAAUCAUGUCAUCAAAACACACCUUGUUUUCCUGAGUCCAUCCAGCAAUAUUUCCUCUGUUCCUAGUACCAUUUAAUAUUUCACAGUAGUAGAUUUGUGUUCGCCUUUUUUUCUUUUUUCUUUUUUUAAUUUUAAUUUUAUUUCUUCAAUUUAGAACAUUAUUCUUUGGUUACACAACUCAUAUUCUUUCCCUCCUUCCCUACCACCCACCCUUCCCAUAGCCGAUGCGCAGUUCCACUGGGUAUUGCAUGUGUCCUUGAUCAGAAUCAGAAUCCAUGUUGUUGAUGUUUGCACUAGGAUGAUCAUUUAGAGUCUAUAUCCCUAAUCCUGUCCCCCUUGACCCAUGUGAUCAAGCAGUUGUUUUUCUUCAGUGUUUCUACUCCCGCAGUUUUUCCUCUGAAUGUGGAUAGUGUUCUUUCUCGUAGAUCCCUCAGAGUUGUUCAGGAUCACUGAAUUUCCACUAAUGGAGAAGUCAAUUAUAUUCAAUUGUACCACAGUGUAUUAUUCUCUGUGUAUAAUAUUCUCCUGGUUCUGUUCCAUUCACUCUGCAUCAAUUCCUGGAAGUCCUUCCAGUUCACAUGGAAUUCCUCCAGUUUGUUAUUCCUUUGAGCACAAUAGUAUUCCAUCACCAACAUAUACCACAAUUUGUUCAUCCAUUCCCCAAUUGAAGGGUAUCCCCUCAUUUUCCAAUUUUUUACCACCUCAAAGAGCACAGCUAUGAAUAAUUUUGUACAGGUCUUUUUCUUUAUCUCUUUGGGGUACAAACCCAGCAGUGCUAUGGAUGGAUCAAAGGGCAGACAGUCUUUUAGCGCCCUUUGGGCGUAGUUCCAAAUUCCCAUCCAGAAUGGUUGGAUCAAUUCACAAUUCCACCAGCAGUGCAUUAAUGUCCCAACUUUGCCACAUGCCCUCCAGCAUUCAUUACUUUCCUUUGGCUGUCAUGUUAGCCAAUAUGCUAGGUGUGAGGUGAUACCUCAGACUUGUUUUGAUGUGCAUUUCUCUGAUUAUUAGAGAUUUAGAACACUUUUUCAUGUGCUUAUUAAUAGUUUUUAUUUCUUUAACUGAAAAUUGCCUAUUCAGGUCCUUUGCCCAUUUAUCAAUUGGAGAAUGACUUGAUUUUUUGUACAAUUAAUUUAGCUCUUUGUAAAUUUGAGUAAUUAGACCUUUGUCAGAGGUUUUUGUUAUGAAGAUUAUUUCCCAACUUCUUGCUUCUCUUCUAAUUUUGGUUGCAUUGGUUUUGUCUGUACAAAAACUUUUAAAUUUAAUGUAAUCAAAAUUAUUGAUUUUAUAUUUUGUGAUUUUUUUUUCUAACUCUUGCUUGGUUUUAAGGUCUUUCCUUUCCCAAAGAUCUGACAUGUAUACUAUUCUGUGUUCACCUAAUUUACUUAUAGUUUCCUUCUUUAUAUUCAGGUCAUUCACCCAUUCUGAGUUUAUCUUGGUAUAGGGUGUGAGAUGUUGAUCCAACCACAAUCUCUCCCAUACUGUCUUCCAAUUUUCUCAGUAGUUUUUAUCAAAUGGUGGAUUUUUGUCCCAAAAGCUGGGAUCUUUGGGUUUAUCAUAGACUGUCUUGCUGAGGUCACUUACCCCAAGUCUAUUCCACUGAUCCUCCUUUCCGUCUUCUUAGCCAGUACCAUAUUGUUUAGAUGUCCACUGCUUUAUGGUAUAGUUUGAGAUCUGGUAGUGCAAGGCCUUUUUCCUUAGCAUUUUUUUUUCAUUAUUUCCCUUGAUAUUCUUGAUCUUUUGUUCUUCCAAAGGAACUUUGUUAUGGUUUUUUUCUAAUUCAGUAAAAAAGAUUUUUUGUAGUUUGAUGGGUAUGGCAUUAAAGUAAAUAAGUUUGGGUAGGAUGGUCAUUUUUAUUAUGUUUGAUUGUACUACCCUUGAGCAGUUGCUGUUUUUCCAGUUGUUUAGAUGUAGUUUUAAUUGUGUGGGAAGUGUUUUGUAGUUGUGUUCAUAUCAGUUCCUGUGUUUGUCUUGGCAGAUAGAUUCCCAAGUAUUUUAUAUUGUCUAGAGUGAUUUUAAAUGUAAUUUCUUUUUCCAAUUCUUGCUUCUGUGGGAAGGAAAUCAUUUAUUAUGAAAACAUUUAUAAGUCUAAGAAAUUUUAAGGUUUACACUUCUGAGAUGUGUUGGAGAUAUAUAGAAAUGCUGAUGACUUAUGUGGAUUUAUUUUGUAUCCUGCAACUUUGCUAAAGUUGUUGAUUAUUUCCACUAGCUUUUUGGUUGAUUCUCUAGAGUUCUUUAAGUAGACCAUCAUAUCAUCUGCAAAGAGUGAUAGCUUGGUAUUCUCAAUGCCAAUUUUAAUACCUUCAAUUUCUUUUUUUUCCCCUCUAAUUGCUACUGCUAGUGUUUCUAGUACAAUGUUAAAUAAUAGAGGUAAUAAUGGGCAUCCUUUUGUCACUCCUGAUCUUAUUGGGAAUGCAUCAAGUUUAUCCCCAUUGCAGAUGAUGUUUGCUGAUGGUUUUAGAUAUAUACUGUUUAUUAUUUUUAGGAAAGACCCUUCUAUUCCUGUAAUUUCUAGUGUUUUGAAUAGGAAUGAGUGUUGUAUUUUGUCAAAGGCUUUUUUUGUACCUAUUUAGAUAUUCAUGUGAUUUUUGUUGGUUUGCUCAUUGAAAUGGUCAAUUAUGUGGAUGAUUUUCCUAAUAUUGAACCAUCUUUGCAUUGCUGGUAUAAAUCCCUCCUGAUCAUAGUGAAUAAUCCUCAUGAUCACUUGCUGGAGUCUUUUUGCUAGUAUUCUAUUUAAGAUCUUUGCAUCUAUGUUCAUUAAGGAUAUUGGUCUAGUUUUCUUUCUCUGUUUUUGACCUGCCUGGCUUUGGAAUCAGUACCAUAUUUGUGUUAUAAAAGGAAUUUGGUUGGACUCCUUUGCUUAUUAUGUCAAAUAGUUUGUAUUGUAUUGGGAUUAGUUGUUCUUUGAAUGUUUGAUGGAAUUCACUUGUGAAUCCAUCAGGCCCUGGUGAUUUUUUCUUAGGGAGUUCUUUGAUGGCUUGUUCAAUUUCUUUUUCUGAUAGGGGGUUGUUUAGGUAUUCUAUUUCUUCCUCUGUUAAAUAAUCUAGGCAAUUUAUAUUUUUGUAAAUAUUCAUCCAUAUCACCUAGAUUACCAUAUUUGUUGCCAUAUAAUUGGGUAAAAUAGUUUUUAAUGAUUGCCUUUAUUUCCCCUUUAUUAGAGGUGAGGUCUCCUUUUUCAUGUAUGAUACUGUUAAUUUGGUUUUCUUCUUUCCUUUUUUAAAUUAGAUUGACCAGUACUUUGUCUAUUUUGUUUGUGUUUUCAAAAUACCAGCUUCUAGUCUUAUUUGUUAAUUCAAUAGUUCUAUCACUUUUGAUUCUAUUAAUUUCUCCCUUAAUUUUUAGGAUCUCUCAUUUAGUUUUCAUCUGGGGGGGGUAAUUUGUUUGCUUUCAAGGUUUUUGAAUUGCAUAUCCAAUUCAAUGACCUCUGCCCUCCCUAAUUUGUUAAUAUAUGAACUCAAAGAUAUAAAUUUCCCCCUGAGUACUGCUUUGGCUGCAUCUCAUAGAUGUUGAAAGGAUGUCUCAUCAUUGCCAUUUUCUUCAAUGAAAUUAUUGUUUCUAUUAUUUGUUCUAUGAUUUUGUUGAAUCAUAUAAUUUAAUUUCCAAUUAAUUUUUGAAUUGGCUCUCCAUGUACCUUACUGAUUAUUAUUUUAUUGCAUUAUGAUCUGAAAAGAUUGCAUUUAUUAUUUCUGCUUUUCUGCAUUUGUUUGCCAUGUUUUUAUGCCCUAGUACAUGAUCAAUCUUUGUGAAUGUACCAUGUGCUGCUGAAAAAAAGGUUUAUUCCUUUUUGUCCCUAUUCAUUUUUCUCCAUAUAUCCAUUAACUUGUUCUUCUAAGAUUUUAUUCACAUCUCUUACUUCUUUCUUAUUUUUAAAUUUGAUUUAUCUAGAUUUGAUAGUGGUAGGUUCACUAGUAUAGUUUUACUAUAUAUUUCCUCCUUCAACUCCACUAAUUUCUCCUUUAGAAACUUGGAUGUUAUACCAUUUGGUGCAUACAUGUUUAUUACUGAUAUUUCCUCAUUGUUUAUUCUGGCUUUUUAUCAGGAUGUAAUUACCUUCCCUAUCCCUUUUAAUCAGAUCUAUUUUUGCUUUAACUUUGUCAGAUAUCAUGAUUGCAACUCCUGCCUGCUUUUUAAUCAGUUGAGUCCCAAUAGGUCUUACUCCAAUCUUUAAUUCUCACCUUGUGCAUGUCUACCUGCCUCAGGUGUGUUUCUUGUAGACAACAUAUGGAAGGAUUUUGGUUUCUAAUCUACUCUGCUAUUUGUUUUCAUUUUACGGGUGAGUUCAUCCCAUUCACAGUCAAAGUUAUGAUUGCCACUUGUGUAUUCCCCAGCAUUUUGAUGUCCUCUCCUAGUUCUGUCCUUUCUUCUUAUCCCUAUAUCCUUUUAAACCAAGAGUUUGUUUUUAGUCAGUUCCCCUAAACUCCACCCAUAAUAUCCUCUUUCUGCCCCCUCCUUUUUUGUUCCCUUUUUUAUUGUUAUUUUUUUAGCAUCUAUUGAGUUCCCUCCCCCUUCUCUUUCCCUCCCUUUUUCUACUCAUUCCCCUCCUUCCCCCUCUUAGUUUUCCCUUAUCACUUUUCCUAUAGGAUAAGAUAGAAUUCAAUAACCCAAUGUGUCUAGAUGCUCUUCCCUCUCAGAAUUGGUUUCACUGAGAGUAAAGUUUAGGUAUUACCUAUUAGCACUCUCUUCCUCUCCUUCUUAUAAUAGUAUUCUUCUCCUCCCCUUCCCAUGUGCCUCUUUGUGUGAUAUAGAUUAUCCUACUUAUCUUAUUUCUUCAGGUUUCUCUCGGUGCCAUCUUCAAUUCCUCCCCUUUUCUUUUUCUUUUUGCAUAUAAUCUUAUACCACUUAUAACCCCAAUCUCUUCCUGUGAAUGAUUCUUCUAAUUACUAUAAUAGUGAAUAUAAUUUUUGAGAGUUAUAGAUAACAUUUUCCCCAUAUGUUAAUAUAAACAAUUUGAUCUUGUUGAAGCCCUUAAAGAAGAAAGUUUAAAUAAAAAAGAAAAAACAUUUUCCCCCUUUUCCAUCUCUUAUUUAACUUUUUGUGUUUCUCUUGAUCUUUGUGUUUGGAUAUCAUACUUUCCACUUAGUUCUUGUCUUUUCUUUACAAAUACUUGGAAAUCUUCUAUUUUGUUGAAUGCCCAUACUUUCCCCUGGAAGUAUAUAGUCAUUUUUUAUGGAUAGGUGAUCCUUGGUUGAAGACCCAAUUCUCUUGCCUUUCUGAAUAUCAUGUUCCAAGCCUUGUUGUCUUUUAGUGUUUUCUUCUAUUUUGUCAGUCUUUUGACUUUGCUUUAUUAAUUCUUGCUGUUUUGCAAGAUCAUUGGCUUCCAAUUGCCUAAUUCUGGUAUUUAAAGAUUGGUUUUCCUUUUUUGGUUUGGUCUAUCCUGCUUUUUAUAUUUUUCAACUGUUUCUCCAAUUGGGAGUUCUUGUCCUUUAAAAACUUAUUUUCUUUUUGAACUAUUCCCCACUUCUCUUGCCAGAAGGCUUCCAUCUUUUUGGUAAGCUCCAAUUUAAAUUCUUCAAGAGCUUAUGGCCAAUUUCUUUUUUUUUUUCCUCGAAAGUUUUGGUGCAUUUUUUUUUUGGAUUUCCUCUUCUGCUAUUUGCUCUGUAGUCUGCAUUUUUCCUCCAUAAAAAUUGUUGAGGAUCAAUGCCUUCUUGUUUUUCUUGGUGUGUGGAAGUUGUUCCUGGGCACUGUUUACCAUCACUAUGGUUGUUUUUCUUUACCUUUCUAGUCAGAAAUCUGAGUGAGGAGGACAGGCUCUCUGUGUAUGGAGCUAAAGAAUAAGGAUUUUGGUUGAGACCAGCUCUCGAGUCUCUGCAGCUUCUGCUGUUUGCUGCCUUCUCUGUGCUAUCUCCCCUCAGGAGCCCACAGUCUGUGCUCUUCAGCCUGCUGGGGUUUCAGGUUUAGUUGCUCUCAGGGAUAGGUCUUUGAUGGUCAGCUGCCAAGGACCUAGAGGUUCACCUCACUCGUUCUAGAGGUGCCCCUCACUCAGUCACUGAUUCUAGCACACAUUGGUGUUGGCUCUGACUCUGACUCCGUGGGGGGGAGGGGCUUAGGGGGGUGAAUCAGCUCACAUUUUGGUGUAAGCUUUUUCACCCCCUUAUAGUAUGGAAAUGCCUGAAUCCCACAUACCUUAGGGUCCCUUUGUUCAUAUGAAUUUGAGUUUUUUUGGCUUUGUGAGGUAGUCUAUAUCGGUAGGGUAAAGAUUAAAAUUUUAGGGAAACUGAGGCAGGUAGAAAUUAGUUUCUCUCUGCAAGGAGUAUUAUAUUUUUAGAGGUUUAUUAAAGGUUAAGGAUUAAAGAAAAUAUAGAAUAAGAAAACACGUGUCUAGACCUCUGGCCUAGACAACCUCACCUAUAUUAUGAAAAGAGCCGCGUCUGCUUGCAAGCGGAAACAGGAAAGAAAAGAGAGGCCCAGAAGCCUUUCCAAUCAGGUUAAAUACCCCAUCUCGAUCUCGGCCCAGGUGAGAAUUCAGUGAUAUUACAAAGCAUUCUGGGGAAUUGGAGCAAGGACUUCUGGGGAUUGAAGUCCUAGAUUCAAGUCUCCAUUUUUACAUCAGGUGGUAAGGAGAGGAAGAGUCCUGCAUCUAGACUGCCACCAUAUUUACCUGGAAGUCCCAUGCCUUUUUUUCAAUGCCCGUCCCUGAAGAUUACCAAAACAUAUUUGUAUUCACCUAUAAAAAACCUCAAUAUACAUGGUGUCAUCUGCCUCGAGGUUUUGUAGAAAGUCCAACUUUAUUUUGACAUAACAUUUGGCAAAUAUUGAGUUUAAGUCAUAUUUCUCAAAAGUGGAGUAUUUAGGAUUUGUUUUAGCUUAAGGUGCCCACUUCAUUUCCCCUAAGCAUGUUGAAGAUAUCCAAAAAUUGAGUGCCCCAUCCACUAAACGAAAAUUGAGAGCAAUUUUGGGAACAACAGGAUUUUUCAAGCAAUGGAUUCCUUGCUAUGGAGAAAUCAGCAAACCCCUUAUAGCAUUGACAAAAGAUGCAGUCCCUGAGCCACAUAGGUUGGAUGCAGAAUACCUAGUAGCAGUUACUUAAGUAAAACAGGCUAUCCUAUCUGCCCCUGCUCUAGGCAUCCCAGUUUAUAACAAACCAUUCACUCUACAUGUACAUGAACAGAGAAGAGUAGCUUUGGGUUUUUAAACACAAGCUUUAGAACCUGUUCAAUGCCCAGUUGCAUAUUAUUGAGCACAACUAAUCCCAGUAGCUUCAGGAGCACCACUAUGUCUUAGAGGCCUAACUGAAACAACUUUCUAGUAACAAAAUCUUUGGAUUUCAUAUUGGAAUGCCUGCUAACAAUAAUGUGCUCUCAUGAAAUUGAAGUAUUGUUGCUAAGGCAUAUAACACAGACAUUCUCUGACCAAUGUCCGACAAGAUAUGAAAUAACUUUAUUAGUCAAUGAAAACGUCAUUUUUAAAUGCUGCAUAUUAAUAUUUAAAUGCAGCCCUGCUGCCUUGCUUCUGGAUUUGCCAAUCACUGGAGAACCAUUGCAGAGUUGUGAAUCAUUAGUGUCCAUGGCAGAAAAACUUCAUGAAAAUCUCCUAGACACUCCUUUGGAAAAUGCAAGUCUAAUUUCAUUUAUGGGUGAUUCUUCCUUUAUGAGAGAUGGUAUACAUUAUGCUGGAACAGCUCUAGUCACCAAAUUUGCCAGUCUUUGGUAAGCUUCACUACCAUGAAAUAUAAGUGCUCAAGGUGCAGAAUUAAUAGCAUUGAAACAUGUCUGUGUAAUCUAACGAGACAAGAAAACCAACAAUCUACACCAACUCAAGAUAUGCCUUUGGAAUGUCAUCCUGUUGGUACAUUUUGGCUUCAAAGGUGAUUUUUAACAUCAGCUGGCAAAACUAUCACAAAUGCUAAAAUCAUAAAUGAGGUUCUUUCUGCUCUCCAACUACCUGAAACCUUGGCUGUUGUACAUUGCUCUGCCCAUAUAGGUGGAACUGAUCCUGUCUCUAGAGGAAACAGCAGAUGCUGCUGCAAAACUCAUUGUUAUAAAAGGCCCUGAAUUAGUCUUAAAUUUGGCAAUUAUCAAUUACUCAGAUUUAUCACUUUAAUAUAAUGAAAAGGAGGUUAAAAAAUGGAAACAAAACUUCAGAUGAAGCAGAUUAAUGGUGUAUGGGUAGCAUCUGAAGGAAAACCCAUACUCCCUAGAAGUUUUCUCAUCAAAUCUGUCAAUCCAAACAUAAAAAUGAUCAUAUUGGAACCCAAGGCAUUGUAGACUGUGAAAAAACGUAUGGAUAACUCCUGGCAUAAGAAACAUCACCUCUAAAUUGUGUGUAGCCUGUCCCACCUGCCAAGCAUAGAACCAGCAUGUCUUUCGUGGAAAAGCUUUUGUUGGGACGUCCUUUGGGUUGCACAGCUGUUGAACAUCUGCAGAUAGAUUUCAUUACAAUGUCAAAGGCUGAAUGAACAUUACAAAUUUUACUUACUUAUAGUAGACCAGCUAACCAGAGGGUCAGAAACAUUUUAAACCACUAGAGUAACAGUGGCAUUUGUUGCCAAAGUACUUUUAAGAGAAAUCAUACCUCAUUUGGGGCUGCCAGCUCAGAUUGAUUCAGAUAGAGGGACUCAUUUUACUGAUUCAGUUUUGUCACAAAUUUACUCAUGUUUAGGAAUAACAGCAAAGAUAACAUGACUUAAUAGAGGCAUUAAAGAAAGAAAUUAAAAUUUUACAAGAAGAAAUUGAAAAAGAAAGAGCAUAUCUAGCAGUGUCCAUAGCCCCUUUGCAAGAAUCCACAAAUAAAGCACCAAAGUGUUAUUUUUGUGAAAAAGAGGUCACUUAAUGUUAAUCUGCAAAACUGGAAUCAGGUAUUCAAUAAUAUAAAUUGUAGGAAUAAUGGUAAUUUCAGAAGUAACAAUAAUUAUAGAAAUAACAAUAAUCAUAAUCAAUUUAGCCAAAAUGGGGCUGGCCCAUGCUAUACUCAGAUUGGAAAUUCCAUUCAAUGUGGGGAACCCCAGAGAAAUGGCUAAGGAUCUUUAUGAAGAUCUGAGAGGGGAGCAAGUGUAAAAAUUAAAAUUAGUCUCAAUGAUAAAAUAUAAUUUUGGAGUUUUUUUUGGAGUUUUAUUUUGGAGUUUUAUUAAUAAUCAUUAGAAAUCAAGGUAUACAGACGAUAUGAAAUAAAACCACAUGCCUAUGGCUGAUCAGUCCAUUUAAAAAUCCCUGCACUUAGCUUUCCACCACUGCAAUGCUGGCUGCAAGCCCAAGAAAGUGGCCUAUGAGGAUUGCCCACUCACCAAUAUCCUCUGUCUAUAGGAAGAAUGUUAAUGACAGGAAGUCAGUGGGCUCCCAGGAAAUGUAGUUCUUUUUUAGGGUAACAGAUUUCAAUUAUACAAAAGGGCACUGACUGGAAUCAGAAAAUGAAACCUUUGAUUUCCCAGAUCCUCAUAUCUUAACACCAGUUAUCCUGGUCCAUUCUCCCCCACAUAGUAAUGAACCUCUCAUGACCCUGAAAGUUAGGAACACAUUGAAUUCCUGAAUUGUUUUAUUUUUGUAUUUCAUUUUUAUUUUUCAAUAAAAUAUUUGAUUUUCCCCCCUUUUUUUCCUUCUUUUACUUGAAGUUCAUGUAACCAAUAUUAAUAAAGUUUUGGAUUUUGAAGGAUAAAUUUACAAUAUCCAUUAGCCCUAAUAUCAAUGCAUAUCCAAAAGCUUUAGACUAUAAAAACCUGCCAUUAAUUCUUAAAUAUUAUGGGACUAUGAUGAAUAAUUGUGUCUAAUUCUAGGAGAAGGGAUCACAAAAGAGCCAUUGUACAGUGCCAACAAGCACAAAGUCAAGGAGACCUACAAUCCUUGUGGAAUUGAGAUCUAUGCCAAGACAGAGGACUUGUUUGAGGUUCAAGGUAGGAGCUGUUUGACAUGUGUCAGAUGCAGGUCUUUCCCAAUGCCACAUUCCAACAAGUACCUUAGUUUGUCUACCACAUUGGCUCUCCACUUCCCUUUUAUAUCAAAAUCUAGUCCUUUUUUUUCUCUCUUAUAGUAUGGCAACUUUCUGUAGUCCUGGCUACCAAUGGGUAAGUGUAAUAUUACUGCAUUUGUCAUACAGACUUGUGGGACAAAAAUUGCUUUAAAUGGAUCCUAAUAUAAGGACCUGUUAUGGAUUUAUUCUUGCUCACUCCAAAAUUUAGAUAGAUAGAUAGAUUGAUUGGUUGGUUUUCAUAUAUUAAUUCUGAUUUUGAAUUUUUUCUUUUCUCUCAAAGUUUAGGUUUUUUUCUAUAUAUGUUUCUUUUUAUAGGUUUUUGGUUUUUCUUUGACACUUGAUUCAUAUACCCCAUAACUCAACCAAGUAUCCUGAGUUGAUCCUUGUGUUGGUCAACACCCCUCCUCAGGGAGAAUUCUAUAAUUUUCGUAAAAUCCAAGAUUUAAAAUUUUUUGAGAAAAGUUUCAGGGGGAAAAACUCGCUAACUCCUGGAAUCAAGAAAGUGAACUAUUUGGAGAAAGUGCCAUAAAGAAAGCUACACUGCAUCAGAAAAUCCAGAGUGAACUUUGGGAUGUAAUUGAUUGCAUUAAACGGGGAUUGAAGACAUUUAUUCUGAAUGUGUAAACUCUAAUGUGAAAGGGGUCUAAUUGGCUUUUUGCCAAUGUGCCUAGCAAAGACUGGUUUUGCUCUCUCUUUUAUUUCACUCUGAUCUCCAAUUAUUGUAAUUUCAUCUUAGAAAGUGCAAUAUUGUAUGCACCUUUAUCUAGAAGAUCUUUAGAGGCAUAAACUGGUUAUGUUAAAUGAUUCAUUGGGGAGCCUAGUCUCCCAAAGAAUCACAGGGGUAUUGUGAAGAGUGAAUCAAACUCUUUUUCUAUCAUUAAGGGACUUUUAAGUAAAUCAAUCAAAAACUUAAAUACACCUACUUAAGUAUCUUACCAGACACAAAGUAAGAGAGUUAACAAGUCACUCACUAAAGUAAGCUCACACCUCCAAAGGUUACUGCCCCCUCCUUGGGAAAUACUAGACACAUUGAAAGACUGCAAUUUCUUCCGGUAAAGUGGGGGAUGAACAGGAAGUGACAUCAAGAAAACUGCUUUAAAAAGGCCAGCUUAAAGAUUCACUCAUUCUCUCUGUAUUGGUGAGCCAGACUGAAGGAGGAGACUCUUUUGCUGGAUCCUGUGUCAACUUGAAUUGGUGAGUGGAAUGAUUCCUUCAUUGGUUCUUUGGUGAGGAGACCCUCUCUGCUUGUUGGUGCUUCGGUGGGACACUCCCUUCAGCAUGAGUCCUGGUGAUAUUCUUGGUGGUCUUAGACUCAUGUGCACUGAAGAUUCUUGGCAGAUUUUCAACAUCCCCUGGUUCUUUGGAUUUUGGCUUCCUAAUUAGGAUUUUGGAUUCUGGUGAGAUUCGCUUUUGAAUUUUCAUUUGUAGUCUGAAGAAAUUAGGAUUGAAUUCAGGGUAUUUGAAGCUAGGCUUUAGUUUCUGUCUCUAUCUACGUUUUUCUACUUUCACUUUUUCCACCUCUUUGUAAAUAUAGCUGCUUAUAUUUUUCGAUCAGCAACCACAAUAUUACUUUAGAAUUCUCAUAUUUACAAUGAAACCUAAAUUUAAAUUCUUACAUCUGGGCAGAUUAUACUGGAGAUUCAAUGUCUCCAAUUAACUAGAAAAGGCUUUUUCUUGUCUCCCAGUCUUCAGAGAGGAGCCCUGAUUAAACACCCCAAAUUUCAUACUGUGUAAAAAAAUACUACAAUAAUGAGGACUUUUUGUCUAAAAUCCUAAUGCUCAUCAUAUUUCCUCAUUAUUAGUUAACAUUCAUCUAUUACAGUUGUUUUAGCUAUUGCCUAGUUAAUUGGCACUCAUUAGUUUCCUGUUUUGUUUUUGUUUUCUUUUGCUGGCACAUAUAGGUCUUUUCAAACAUACAAAUAAGAGGGAAUGGGGAAGAUGUGGAAGAGAUAGAGGACCUGAUCUGUACUGUUCAGUCCAUUCUAUCCAAGGACUCAGGGUCAUGAUGCAGUUGGCUGAUUUCUGUGACUAUGAAAAACUCCCACCCCUCUGAUGAAGUAAAAAUGGAUGAUUUGAGGUGUGCAAGUGCACCUUGUCUCUCAAAGUAUCAACACAGGUUUGAGAGAGUGCUACCAAAAAAAGUUACAACUGUUUGCAGGUUUCUUAACCCUUUUCUGGCUUAUGGAAAAGGAAAAAGUGUGUGGAUUUGGAAACAACGAAGUAGUAUUAGUUGUUUCUGAAUCCCUUCUCUAUUUUGUAAUUCUUUUCAUUGAAAUUCAAGAACUAUGUGUUUCUCACUACAAAAAGGAAAACUUCAGAAGGUGUAAAGGAGAGCAAAUGCAUGUCCCUGAAAACUCCCAGAUAAAUUGUGAUACUGUGAGGUAAAAUCCUAUCAGUCAGAUCCAGUGGAGAGCAUUGAGAUUCUGUGAGGGAUAAAAUAUGGGAAAAGAGAAUAAAGAAAAUAAAGAGUGUGUGAUUACUUUUAUGGAAAGGUUAAAAGGGAAAACAUUUUAUCUGUAAAUUUAUAUGACUUUAAGAAGUCAAUUGCAUGGGCAAAGCAAUCAACCUUGCAAAACUAGAUUUUGUUUGAGUUAUGGGAAUUCUAACUAAUGAAAUGGGAUCAUUGAUGAUGUAUUAAUUUGACUAUGGUACUGCAAUGAUUUCUAUGAAUUGAUCUUUAUACCAGGAUGAGUUCUAACUUAAAGAAAAUCAAAUAAAACAACCAAAUGAAAUCUCUUCUCUGUGUAUCGUGAGAGAAAAAUCCCCUCACCCCCUUAUAUGAGGAUUAGGUUUUAAUGUUAUCAGUAGUCUUGAGGUAAUCAUAAUUGUAAUUCUAAGAGAGUUGGCAUAAGCCAUGAUUUCAGUAGGUUUUUGUGAAUAUUCUGGUAUAAGUAUAAGGUUUUGAAUUAAGUAAAUAACUGCUUUAGUAUAGAACUUAGUGUCAGCCCCACCCUUCAAAGCUGCUAUUUUAGGCAUCCUAACGUGUGAUCCAUUCUAUAUCAUGAUGCCUCACCUUUUGUUCAGAACCAGGUACUACUCAACCCCACCUACUCUGCUCCCCCCCAGGUCUGUCAAGUGAUUCUUAAGUCAUUGUCAAGUGACUUCUUCUGCCUAUAAUAGUUAAAAUUGGUUUGCUAAAUUUAAGAGUUAAGAAAGAUUGCUAUGGUCAUGGUUUAUAAAAAUUAACUCUGAAGUCAAGAGGCUGCUAGUAGCUUUAGUAGCUUUAUUAAAGCAAGGUAGAGAUAAUAAGGAGAGAAAAGUAGGAUGGAGAUAGGGAGUUGACUAGCUAGAUGCCCUAAGUCCUAUUCGAAGGAAUUCAGCUCACCACAAAAGCAAGGUUCUAGUCUCCACGUAGAAGUCUGCAGGAAUCUCUUCAGCCAAGUGUAUCACCAAAGUGUCUAACGCCAGAGACAGAGCUGCUCCAAGAUUGUGUAGUUCAAUGAGGAGUCUUCAACCCAAAGAGGCUGAACCCUUCAAAAGAUAGUCUCUAAUGCCAAGGAGACAAGAGUCUCACCAGAGUAAACGUCCUUCUUCAGCCUGAGUCACCAAUGCAGAAAUCAAAAUCUGAAUCUGAAAUCAGAAUGCAAAUUUGAAGGAAUCAGAAUGUUACCAACCCACAAGAGUGUCUCCUUCAGUCAGAGUACCAGUCUGAAUUAGAAUGUCCACCAGAAUCAAAAUCAGGAUCAAAUGCCCAGACUUCCUGUUGGGUCUCACCUUAUAAGCACUUUAUUCCACCCAACAGCUCUCCCACAUCACAUCUCAGGAACAAAUCAUGGUUUCUAAAUUUAUCUAGCCAUGCCCAGGGGGCAGUGCCUGUGGAAUCCACUUCCAGUCCCUUGAAGGUAUGAAUUAUCUUUCUCUGAGGGUGUGAGCUUUUUCUAUUAAAAGGUUCUUCAAAUUACUGUUAAAAGGGUCUAGCACUCUAAACAAAGGUAGUAAAAAUUCACUUUCACAUAGCCAUAAGACGUAUUUCCUGAUCACUUCAACCAGUCAACAUCUCUGUUUUCAUCACUGACCUGAAUUGUAUUCUUACUGGUAUAAAAACUUGUCUAACUCAUUGGAGUAUAAAAGAAGAUCUCCCACAGUGCUCAUGAGCAACUAAUGUUUUUACAUUUGUUUCGAUCUAGUUUUAAUUGUGUGGAAAGUGUUUUGUAGUUGUGUUCAUAUAAUUCCUGUGUUUGUCUUGGCAAAUAGAUUCCUAAGUAUUUUAUAUUGUCUAGGGUGACUUUAAAUGGAAUUUCUCUAACACUUGCAGUUGAGAUGUGUUGGAAAUAUAUAGAAAUGCUGAUGAUUUAUGUGGUUUUAUUUUGUUUCCUGAAACUUUCCUAAAGUUGUUGAUUAUUUCCACUAGCUUUUUAAUUGAUUCUCAAGGAUUCUUCUCUAAUUGCUACUGCUAGUGUUUCUAAUACCAUGUUAAAUAAUAGAGGUAAUUAUAGGCAUUCUUGUUUUACUCCUGAUCUUUUUGGGAAGGCUUCCAAUUUAUUCCCUUUGCAGAUGAUACUUGCUGGUUGUUUUAAAUAUAUAAUUUUGACUACAUUAAACUUAAAAAGUUUUGCAUAAACAAAACCAAUGCAACCAAAAUUAGAAGGGAAACAACAAAUUGGAACAAAAUUUUUAUAACAAAAACCUCUCACAGAGGUCUAAUUAAUCAAAUAUAUAAGGAGCUAAAUCAAUUGUAUAAAAAAUCAAGCCAUUCCCCAGUUGAUAAAUGGGCAAGGGACAGGAAUAAGCAAUUUUCAAAUAAAGAAAUCAAAAUUAUCAAUAAGCACAUGAAAAAGUGUUCUAAAUCUCUUAUAAUUAGAGAAAUGCAAAUCAGAACAACUCUAAAGUAGCACUUCACCCCUAGCAGAUUGGCUAACAUGACAGCAAAGGAAAGUAAUAAUGUUGGAGGGUAUAUGGCAAAAUUGGGACAUUAAUGCAUUGCUGGUGGAACUGUGAAUUGAUCCAACCAUUCUGGAUGGCCAUUUGGAAUUAUGCCCAAAGGGCUUUAAAUGAAUGCCUGCCCUUUGAUCCAGCCAUACCACAGCUGGACUUAUACCUCAAAGAUAUAAUAAGGAAAAAGACGUGUACAAAAAUAUUUAUAGCCAUGCUCUUUGUGGUAGCAAAAAAGUGGAAAAUGAGGGGAUACCCUUCAGUUGGGAAAUGAGUAAACAAAUUGUUGUAUCUUGUUGGUGAUGGGACACUAUUGUGCUAAAAAGAGUAAUGAACAGGAUUAAUUCCAUAUGAACUAGAACUACCUCCAGGAAUUGAUACAGUGUGAAAGGAGCAGAACCAGGAGAACUUUAUACAUAGAGACAGAUACACUGUGGCACAAUCUAAUGUAAUGGAUUCCUCUACUAGCAGCAAUGCAAAGAUCCAAGACAUUUCUGAAGAACUUAGAAGAAAAAACACUAUCCACAUCCAGAGAACUAUGGGAGUAGAAACAUAGAAGAAAAACAACUGCUUGAUCACAUGGGUCGAUGGGGAUAUGAUUGGGGAUGUAGACUAAAUGAUCACCUUAGUACAAAUAUCAAUAAAAUGGAAAUUGGUCUUGAUCAAUGACACAUGCAAAAACCCAGUGGAAUUGCUCAUUGGCUAUGAGAGGGGGUUGAGAGGUUUGGAGGAAAGAACAUGAAUCAUGUAAGUAUGGAAAAAUUUUCCUUAUCGAUAAAAUAAAAAUUUUUAUAAAUAACAAACAAAACAAAUUAAGACAAAAUGUAGUCCACUUCCUUCCAUUCCUCAAUGUCCCCUAUGAAAAGAGGCAAUCAAGGGAAUUACCUCAGUGAAAAAUUCUUUAAUUGAACAGAAAAUAAUAAUUCAAUGCAAAUCAGAAUACACCUAUCUUGCCUGUUAAAAAACCAAAAUUAGAUGAAAAUCGAAAACCUGUCUAUCAAUUUGUAUAAGAUUUAAAGAUUGUAAAUAAUCAUGUCGUCAAAAGACACCCUGUAUUUCCAAGCCCAUCCACAAUUAUUUCCUCUAUUCCUAACAUCAAUAAAUGUUUUACAGUAGUA